GUUUUGUAGACUUCAUGCUCGGGUUCCUGAAAAUCAUGAGCUUGUUUCUUUCGAGUGGGUGUCUGGUUGGGCUGACGUAAUCGAUUGAAAAGAACCACGAUAAAUUUUCAAUCGGAUCCAUCCUGAACUUCUGCUUAAUUAUAUAUGCACCAAGCUGAAUUACAUAGCGAAGCAUUAAGAUGCCCAAAGCUAACAGGACGACUGGGCCCGAGAAAUUCAAAAAGACUGGAAAGAAGAAAGAAGACAAGCGAGUGGCCGAUCAUCAUGAGGACUAUGAUCAACUGUUUCAGCUGGCAGUCAAUCAGGAAGAACAGGGCGAACGAUAUCAAUUCGGAGCGAAGGCCCAGAGGAAUUACGAACAAUCGAUCGAGAGCUAUCGACUGUCAAUCGAGCUGAUCUCAAGGAACCCUUCAGACCGAUCGCCUUCGGAUCGGUUCAACAGCCAUUUCAACCUGGCCAGAGUCUUAGUCAACUUCGGAUCCACCUUCGCUUCUGCUCCAUCGGAAUCUCUCAAGUUCGUCCAACAUGGAAUCCAGGAAUAUCGGCUGGCGGUGGAGUAUGCGAUCAAGGACUCAGACCGAUCAGACGAGAUCGAUGCUCGUUACAAUCUUGCCUCCGCACUCUCAACCUCCGCAGAAAUCUUAUCGGCCGGGCAAGAUCUCAACUCUGGCCCGCUCGAUUACCAUUCCAUGUCGAUUCAAGUCUGGAAACAAGCCAAGGAGGAGCUCUCACGAGCCUAUCAACUUCAAGAAGAACUACUCUUAUCCGAUUCUUCACUGAAUCUUGGCCCCUCAACCUCGCUCGAUCAAGGAAAACAUAUGACAAACCAGGAUCCUGCUCAAGAAGAAAACCAAACUGCUUCGUCCCCACCAAACGGACAGACGACUCUAGUCGAAGAAGUCUUCGUCAUCACACCCUCCGUCCUCAUCGACACCUUGAUGGACAUUUGCGAAGUCUUGCUGUCGAUCUACUCCUCCGAACCUGAGGCGGUCUCUGCCGAACUACAGCAGACGAUCCAACAACUUGGAUCAGUCAACCAACUCAUCCAAAACUCGUCUGGUUCAAGUUUCAGUCGCCAAUUUGAAAUCGAUAGCUUGAUCUGUAAUAUCGAUUUGACCAUCAUCGAUCAUACGCUCUCCGAAAGUUGUGAUAACACUCCCAGUAGCCCGAAUUGGAUGGUUGAAAUAGCACAGAAACUGGCGACGGUCAAUCAAAGAUUAGAAGAUUUAUCCACGCAAACGAGCGCUUUAGAUCAAGAUUUUCUGAACUUGUUAGGACUGGCGAAUAACUAUUCAAGCUUAUGUACGGCUACGUGUUCCUUGAUCGCCAUCCGAUCAAAGCUCAACAAGACACCGAUUCCAGAGAUAGAGAUCGAGGAACUGAAGUGUUUGAUCGAGAGAAGUAUGAGCUUAUAUUCGACCAUCUUAGAAAAACUGAAGCAUUCAAAGCUUCGUCCGAUCAAACAAAUCAAACCACACGAGAUCUCUUCGUAUAUCAGUUCGAGUCUGGUUGGCCAAUCUGAACUGACGAUGAUUGUCGAAUUAUUAGAACAACAACAACAGCAAGGAAAGAACUUGGAAUGUUUAUCGAAUCAACGGAAAUCUUCAUUUGAUUUAGCUAUCGAAGCGUACAAUCAAAGCUUAGGGGCCUACCAAAUCAGUCGACAUCCGAGUCCAACCUCCUCCUUUAAGUUAGCAUUCACGCCCGUCGGCCUCGCUCAUCCAACAAACAGCACCAGGGAUCAAUCAUCAGGGAUCGUCAGGAACGAAUGGGCGAAUCUCGCCGUCCGAUUGGAAUCCAUCAAGCUCCUCUUGAGGUCCAAAUACAUCCAUCUUCUCCACCUCUGCUCUAACAGUCCCCAACUGCAUUCGCAAGCAGAUCUCGAACAGAUCUCGAAGGAUCAUCUCUUACCUUUGAUCCAUAAAUUCCAGCUCUCUCGAUCCGAUCUGGCCAGGUUUUAUGACGACUUUCUUAACGAUCCCGUGUUCAUCCUAUCUGGUUCAGUCGAACAACCUCUUUUUGACUCGCUUCUGCGUCUUGAUCCUUCUCUUGACGCGCCAUAAUUGCAAUCUGUUGAACCACAUGGGUUUCAAGCAUAGAAUCAGUUCUUUUUUAUAUGUGAUACUUUUACAUACAAGAAACUUCACUAUAAUAGUCAUCUGCAGACAAUGUAUCAUCCUUUUUUUUAUAAAAAAAAGCAUUUCCGG